AGAGGAUAAAUAGCAGCUUGGCUUCGCUGGUUCCUCUCUGCAUCUUUCCACCCUCCCAACAAUAUGCGUCUUGCCAGUUUGGUCAGUUCCUGCUCCCUCCUACUGCUACUGGGGGCCCUGCCUGGAUGGGCGGCCAAUGAUGACCCCCUUGAGAAGGUCAUUGAAGGGAUCAACCGAGGGCUGAGCACUGCAGAGAGAGAGGUGGGCAAGGCCCUGGAAGGCAUCAAUAAUGGAAUCACUCAAGCUGGAAGGGAAGUGGAAAAAGUUUUUAAUGGACUUAGCAACAUGGGAAGCCAGGCCGGCAAGGAGCUGGACAAGGGCGCCCAGGGGCUCAACCACGGCUUGGACAAAGUAGCCCAUGGGAUCAACAAUGGCGUCGGACAAGCAGGAAAGGAAGCAGAGAAGUUUGCCCAUGGGGUCAACAACGCUGCUGGACAGGUUGGGAAGGAGGCAGAAAAAGUGCUUCAGGGGGUCCAUCAUGGGGUCAACCAAGCAGGAAGUGAGGCAGGAAGGUUUGGCCAGGGCAUCCACCAUGCUGCUGGGCAGGCCGGGAAGGAGGUAGAAAAGUUUGGUCAGGGGGUCCACCAUGCUAUUGGGCAGGCCGGCAACGAGGCAGAGAAGUUUGGUCAGGGGAUCCACCAUGCUGCUGGGCAGGCCGGGAAGGAGGUAGACAAAUUUGGUCAGGGGGUCCACCAUGCUAUUGGGCAGGCCGGGAAGGAGGUAGACAAGUUUGGUCAGGGGAUCCACCAUGCUGCUGGGCAGGCCGGGAAGGAGGUAGACAAGUUUGGCCAGGGGGUCCACCAUGCUGUUGGGCAGGCCGGGAAUGAGGCAGAAAAGUUUGGCCACGGGGUUCACCAUGGGAUUAAUGAGGCCUGGAAGGAAGCUGAGAAGUUUGGUCAGGGGGUCCACCAUGCUGCUGGACAGGCUGGGAACGAGGCAGGGAGGUUUGGUCAGGGGGUCCACCAUGCUGCUGGGCAGGCUGGGAACGAGGCAGGGAGGUUUGGCCAGGGGGUCCACCAUGCUGUUGGGCAGGCUGGGAACGAGGCAGAAAAGUUUGGCCACGGGGUUCACCAUGGGAUUAAUGAGGCCUGGAAGGAAGCUGAGAAGUUUGGUCAGGGGGUCCACCAUGCUGCUGGGCAGGCUGGGAACGAAGCAGAGAAGUUUGGCCAUGGGGUUCACCAUGGGAUUAAUGAGGCCUGGAAGGAGGCAGAGAAGUUUGGUCAGGGGGUCCACCAUGCUGUUGGGCAGGCUGGGAAAGAUGGAGACAAAAUAGUCCAAGGGGUUCGUCCUGGGGUCAACCAGGUUGGGAAGGAGGCGGAGCGGCUCGGCCAGGAUGUUCAUUAUGCCGCAGGACAGGCUGGAAAAGAAGCAGACAAAAUAGUCCAAGGGGUCCAUCCUGGGGUCAACCAGGCUGGGAAGGAGGAGGAGCAUUUUAUCCAGGGAGUUCACCAUACUGCUGAACAGGCCGGAAAGGAGGCAGACAAAGUAGCCCAAGGGUUCUAUGAUGGGGUCCGCCAGACCGGGAAGGAGGCAGAGAAAUUUGGCCAAGGGGUCAACCACGCUGCUGGCCAGGCUGGAAAGGAAGCGGAGAAACUUGGCCAAGGUGUCCACCAAGCUGCUGGCCAGGCCGGGAAGGAGGUGGACAGGUGGCAACAGAAUGUUCAUAAUGGGGUCAACCAAGACGGCAAGGAGGCCAACCAGCUGCUGAAUAAUGGUCACUCAGGCGGAUCCACCGGCCAUCACGCAGGGGGCGCAACCACUACAUUAACAUCUGGAGCUUCGGUCAACAAGCCCUUCAUCAACUUUCCAGCUCUGUGGAGGAGCAUCGCCAACAUCAUUCCCUGA